AUGUCGGACAGAUCGUCAGAAAGUGUUUUAAAACGAAAGCUGGACGAAGGUGAAACUCAAACGGCAAACGACACAGAUCUAAGCUCGCCGCCAGCUAAAGUGCGAGUGACAGAUAAUAAAGCUAGAGAGACAGUUCAAACCAAACCAAAUACUGUUGAUGUUUCGCAAAAUAGUGUUGGACCUUCAAACAUUGCUUCAAGUCAGGCAAUUACAGAGGGCAGCGAUGAUGAACGUGAAAAAAUGCAGUUGCUUGUGUCCUCCUUCUCAGAAGAACAACUGAACCGCUAUGAAAUGUACAGAAGGGCAGCAUUUCCCAAGGCAGCAAUUAAACGGCUCAUGCAAAGUGUCACAGGAGGAACUUCAAUCCCUCCAAAUGUUGUCAUAGCUAUGGCUGGAAUAGCCAAAGUAUUUGUUGGAGAAGUUGUAGAGGAAGCUUGUGAUAUAAUGGAAAAGUGCAAAGAAUCUGGGCCCAUUCAACCAAAACAUCUAAGAGAAUCUGUCAGGAAGUUGAAAAGGAAAGGUCUAGUCCCAAAUACAAGAUAUCAGAAGAGACUUUUUCACAGGUGAAAUGCUACGCCCUGUGACCUGAGGGAAGAAAGAUGUGACUUAAAUAAAAGCUCAUUGUGGGAAAAUGUCUAAACGAGAACCCACAGAUGACAUUGUUUCAGCUCAAGCUCUGACAGAGGAAGUCCAAAAGGUCCUGGAUUUUCACUUAAUUUGUUGAAGUACCAACAAAAAAAGACGCACAACGGCUGUUUGGACAAUGUCUGAAUGAUAAUAGAGCAUAAAGAGUGGGCUGCUAGAGACUGCGGAAGUUUUUUUUAAACAUGGGGGCGACGUUUAUCUUACAUAAUAAAAUAAGUGAUACGCAAGGAGCACCUUUAGUGGUGAAAAACCUAUCGUUUAUUGCACGGGUAAACCCACAGAAGAUUGAUGUUUAUUCUUUUUUUUUUUUUAGGCAAUAGAAUGCACUUUCUAUCGGUUUACCAGCGUAAUAACCCUCUUGGGAUGUUUAGAGAACACUCGGAAAAGUUUGUCGUGUUCUCGCAACAUCCCGCGUGGGUAAUUAAGCCGGCAAACCGAUAGAAAAUGCGGUCUAUUGCUUAGCUAACCCAAGUUCAUGCCCCCGCUCAAAAUUUCCUCAGAAUUCCUUUGCGUAGGUUGUUGGCACCAGCAAACUCGUUUCUGUUGUGUUCAGUGAGUCCGUAAUCAAUUUUUUACAACACUUAAGUAGGCAGUUGCUCAAGAAGAGGCCAGGCGCGAUCCUCAGGAAACAAUUUGUGAAAAGAUCACGAGAAUAAGGUUUAGUAGGGGGUACUAUGUAAUUUUUUUUUUUUUAUGGGGGAGGGUGCGUAGUUCUCAUGGGAAACACUGAGAAAUUGAGACCUUAGGUCUUUUCAAUGGGUCGCGUUAGAAAGUAAUUUUAUGCGAUAAUAUUAAUGCAUGUCUCGUUUGACCAAAUCACUUAUUUCCUUAAUUAAGCCGGGCGCUCAUUUCAAUUUCGGUCAAAAAGGAGAGGCGCUUAUUUGGAGAAGGUCGCCUAAUUGAGGGGUUGCUUAUUAUCUUUUGUAUUGAUUCCGGUGUAGUUAAAGCUUUAAAAAGUUAUGAAAAGUGGAAAUAGAAACAGAUUUUCCUUGUAGCCCUCCUAAUUAAGAAAGUCAAGGAGGAGGGGAAGGGCUUAUCGGAGAGGGGCGCACUGUUUGACAUUACAGCUGUGGGCACUUGAUCGGGGCGCUUAUUCAGACAUUUUGUUUGAGUGGGCACUCCGGGUAAAAAGGGGUUCGUUACAUAACGUGACUCGUUUUAUGCUUUGCAUUUCAGACGCACUGUAAAGUUGAAACUUUUAUUGGAUGUCUGAACUACUCAUAAUGAAAUAUUUGUCCCAAAUUUGGUCUCCUUUCCUUGACGAUACAUUAGAAAAUGGUCCGUGAUCUGUACAAAUGAUUUCUAUGUAUAAUUUUAAAACAGCCCGCGGUAGAGAGUUUUGUUUCCAUAGUUUUCGCCUAAAACCAAAGCAAUUUGCACAGAAUAUGGAAAGAAAUUAGAGACAAAAGUGUCGUGGAGAAACUGUUACAGAGAGAGGACAAAAGUUCAUUACAACGUUUUGUUAAGGGAGGCUUGUGACAACUAAUCAUCAGCAACGGUUGUGUGGCAACUGGUUUAAUUGAAAAGAUGGACAGUGUUUUUUAAGUUGCAAACAAAAGCAACUCUACCUGACGCACUGUCUGUGUUCGUGUACACAGUUGUCUGAGAAACAAUUUAUGCAUAUUACGUGAGUGGUCCCCUCACGCUAAAGGUCAUCAUCGAAGGUAUCGGUAAAAUUGAAAACCAUUAGUUAUCGAAUGACGAAAAAAAAACUGAUAAUGUAAGUUGUACAUUUGAUUGAGGCGAUUAAAAGUUUGCUUUUCCAAUAAUCA